AGGUGAUCAAAAAUUCUCCACUAUUGCCACAAUGAGCAAGCGCUUUGACGUUAUCGUGUACGGCGCCACAGGCUUCACGGGGUCGCUGGUGGCCCGCUACCUGGCGGCGGAGUCUGAGUCCGCACUAAGCAGCCCGUCGGCCUUGAAGUGGGCUGUGGCCGCUCGUAGCGAGGCCAAACUGACGCAGAUGAAAGAGCAACUCAAGGAUAGGCUGCCCGAGGUCGCGCCUGAGCUGAUCGAUGCGAUCCCCGUGGUCGUGGCCGACAGCGGCAGCGAAGAGUCACUGGCGAUGAUGGUGCAGCAGACUAAUGUGGUGGUGUCCCUGGUGGGGCCCUACAAGCUCUACGGUGAAUUGCUGGUCAAGGUUUGUGCUGAGAACGGCGUGCACUACUGCGACCUAACGGGGGAGAUCGUGUGGAUCGAGGAGAUGACGGCCAAGUACGCGGCCAUUGCAGCCAAGACGGGAGCGGUACUGGUCAAUUGCUGCGGAUUUGAGAGCAUCCCGUCAGACGUCACCACGUUCCUCGUGGCCGAUCGCAUCCAGAAGAAAUUCAACUCGGCCACGAGCACAGUCGACCUUUACUUCACGGAGUUUAAGGGGGAGGCGAGUGGUGGUACUUUGGCUUCAGUCUUUGCCGUUAUGGAGACGUCGACGAGCAAGCAACUGCUGGCGUCGCGCAACCCGUUCUUCCUGACGGACGAGAAGACGAUCGCUGAGAAGCAGCAGGCCGGACUGGUGGCGCCCAAUACGAGCGGUAUAGCAAUCAAAUACGACACGGCCAUGGGUUUCUGGCACUCGCUGUUUAUCGGUGGUUCAGUGAAUCAAGCUGUGGUGCACCGCAGCAACUACCGGUUGAAGAACAAAUACGGCGACAAAUUCGUGUACCACGAGCGCAUGGCCAUCGGCGGUUUGUUCAUGCAGCUGCUGGCUACGUUUGGAACGAUCGUAGUGAGCAUUAUGCUCUACUUUGGCUGGACACGUGCACUGCUUAAGCGGCUAGCGCGUGCUCCUGGUCAAGGUCCGUCGGAGGAGUCCAUGCUUCAAGGCUACUUUGUCGCUGAAGCUGCAGGAUACACGGACGACGGCAAGCUAGCGGUGAAGGCCAAGACAGUGGGUUCAGGCGACCCUGGCUACCGUCUCACGUCGCGUCUGAUCUCCGAGUGCGCGUUCUGCUUGGCCAAGGAUGAAUUCGGCGACGCCAAGAGUCUCAAGGGCGGCUUCUACACACCGGCCAGCGCGUUUGGCCACAAGUUGGCUGAUCGUCUGCAGACCAAGAAGUUCAUCACGUUCGAGCUCAAAGACAUGGCGUAAGGAAGCAGCUAUCAUAGCAAGUAAGUAGUAAGUAGCUAAGUGACCGAUCGUGGAAAAAAGGAUCCAAGUUGAAGAGACGUAUGCCAAUCAAA